AUGACGACCACAACAAGACCUCAAAUUGUGGAUAUUGAGCCCACUAAUGUCGACACAAAUCAAGAAUGGGCCAACACCGACGCUAUCGAUGCCGAAAAGAAGCUUGAUACCACACCACAACGCCAGGAUGCAUUUGGUGAUGAGGAAAACGCAGAGGUUAAGUACAAGGUCUUAAAGUGGUGGCAAGGUGGCCUGCUCAUGGUUUCGGAAACUAUCUCCCUGGGAAUAUUGUCCCUUCCAGCGGCCGUGGCAGGUAUGGGCCUUGUUCCAGCUCUUAUCGUGCUUGUUGGCAUGGGCCUUCUAGCCACAUAUACCGGAUAUCUUAUUGGGAAAUUCAAAUCGAGACAUCCUCACAUUUCUAGCAUGGCCGAUGCAGGCGAGGUGCUGAUGGGCCGUUUUGGUUAUGAAUUAUUUGGAACUGCCCAGCUGCUUUUCCUCGUAUUCAUCAUGGCGAGCCACAUUCUCACAUUUACUGUGGCGCUCAAUUCAAUCACAAAACAUGCAACGUGCUCAAUCGUUUUUGGCGUUGUGGGAAUGAUUGUUUCUUGUUUCUUGUCCUUGCCACGGACACUAGAGAAAGUUUCAUGGCUUUCACUUGUUUCUUUUGUUAGCAUUUUCUCGGCCGUUAUGAUUUGCAUGAUUGCCGUGGGCAUUCAAAAUCCCGAAGCGAUUGUCCACCCAACAGUAGAGACAAACUUGGUCACCGGAUUCACAGCUGCAUCCAAUAUCGCUUUCUCUUACGUCAGCCACAAUACCUUUUUCACCUUUAUCGCCGAGCUCAAGGAUCCUAAGGACUUUCCCAAAGCUCUCGCGCUGCUCCAAACCGUGGAUAUGACUCUUUAUAUUAUUGCAGCAGUCGUGAUAUACCGAUUUGCAGGUGCCGAUGUAACUUCCCCGGCACUGGGGUCCGCUGGUCCUUUGAUCGCUCGGAUAGCAUAUGGCGUGGCUCUUCCUACAAUUGUCAUCGCCGGUGUUAUAAACAGCCACGUGGCGGCCAAGUCAAUCUAUAUCCGCCUCUUUGCUGGAACCGACCGCAUGCAUAAGCGAGAUUUCGCAGCUGUUGGCUCUUGGGUUGGCAUUGCUGCAGGGCUUUGGCUGGUUGCGUGGAUUAUUGCGGAAGCAAUCCCAGUUUUCAAUAACCUUCUAAGUCUGAUUACUGCACUCUUUGGCAGUUGGUUCACCUUCGGGUUUACUGGUAUCUUUGGCUUGCACAUGGAUCAAGGUUCUUGGUUUGCUUCUCCUAAGAGAACUAUGCAGACUCUACUCAACAUUUUCUCUAUUUCUGUUGGAGUUGUUCUGUGCGUUCUUGGCCUUUAUAGCUCUGGCAAAGCCAUCCACGACAAUCCGGGGAGUGCCAGUUUUUCCUGCGCCAGCAAUGCAUGA